CCGCGGAUAACGGGAUCGAAGUCUCUGCUCAAGAGCACAGGCACGUCGAGGAACCCGUCGCCGUCGCCCACGGGCGAUCGUACGCGCAUCGUGGGCAAGGGAGGCUACGGCGGCCGAAAGGGAGGGCCCUCAAUGACGUCGAAGCGGACCAGCUCGAGUGGCGGUCUCAGCGAUGUCGACAUGCGCCCUGGAUACGAGCGCAAGGUCGGCUUUGAUACGAUGAGGGAUGCCGACGAGACCAACAGCGGCAGCUUUAGCUUCACCUUGCAGGUCAAAUCGAUUGGAUACCUGCGGACAAAGAAUACCCGGACAUUCAUGUGCGCAGUCGAUGACAACUCCUACAGCGAGAGAGCGCUCGAGUGGCUCGUAGAUGGCCUCGUCGAAGAUGGAGACGAGGUUGUGGCGCUCAGAGUGCUCGAGGGGGAUGCUGAUGAGAUCGAUCAAGACGAGGCAAGAGAAGAGGCGCGCGAGCUGAUGGCAAGCAUCGUCCAGCUCAAUGACGAGGUGCAAGAUCGAUCGAUCUCCAUCGUCGUCGAGUUCGUCGCUGGUCGAGUCACGAGCACCAUCCUGCGCCUCAUUCAUAUGUACCGGCCCGACAGCUUGACAGUCGGCACAAAGGGCAAGACCAUGAGCGCGUUUCAGAAGAUGCUCGGUGGUGCUUCCAUGGGCAGCUGUAGCCGUGACAUUCUCAAUCGCUCGCCAGUGCCCGUCGUCAUUGUCCGUCCCGAGGCAAAGGUCCGGAAGCACCUUGCGAAACGGGCAAACGAUCCAAAGAGGCGAAGCUACCACGACCUCGUCUCCAUGUCUAGAGAGGACAGCCUGCCUUUGACCGUCGGCUCUCGGCACAAGAGUGCAAUUCGACGGGCCAAGAAGUCAUGA